GUUCUUGUUUCCAGCAUGUAGUUUCUGUUUUCUCAGCCUACGUGCAGGCAGACAUGAGCAUUCCCUGGUAAAGAAAGAGGAAGUUUCCUUGAUCCAUUCAAAACAAGCAGUCCUGCUGUGGCCGGUGGAGGUUAAUGAUGCUCCUGAGCAGCAGCAGCAGCAGCAGCAGCAGCCUGUAUCUGUGUCUGGUCCUCCUCAUCCCGGUGGCUCUGGUGGAGGCUCAGUAUGAGAAGUACAGCUUUAAAAGUUUCCCCCCGAAGGAAAUCAUGCCGCUGGACUCAUCCUACAGCUACGCGCUGGAGCAGUACGGGGCCCAGAACUGGGCGGAGAGCAUCAAGUACCUGGAGCUCAGCCUGCGGCUCCACCGGCUGCUGCGGGACAGCGAGGCGUUCUGCGGCCGCAACUGCAGCUCGGUGAGCCGUGACAACGAGACGCUGUUCUCGGACAGCAGCCUCCGCGUCGUGCGACACAUCCUCCUGAGGGCUGCGUGCCUCAAGAAGUGCAAGAAGGAUUUCCCUGUGUUUAACCUCUCGUAUCCUAAGAGGGAUUUACUGGAAACUUUCGAGAAAAGGGUGCCAUAUCGGUACAUCCAGUAUGCACACUACCAGCUUAACAACGUGGAGAAGGCUAUUUCGGCGUCUCACACCUUCCUGAAGAAGAACCCAACUGAUCCCCAUUUGACCAAGAACAUGAACUACUACAAGACGCUGUUUGAUGUGGAAGAAUAUCUCAUCGACCACGAGGAGCAGCCAUACGAAAGUGUUUUCCUGAAGAGUGUGACACUUUACAACAACGGCGACUUCAGCGGCAGUGCCCGAAACAUGGAGCAGGCCAUCACGCAUUUCUUUGAAAUAUACAGUCUCUGCUUGGUGGGCUGUGAGGGCUCAUAUGAGAUCUUAGAGUUCAAAGACUUCUAUCCCACCUUGGCAGAUCUCUACACUGAUGUGCUGAAAUGUAAGGUGAAAUGUGAGGAGCACCUGACUCCCAGCGUUGGAGGCUUCUUCGUGGAGAAGUUUGUAGCCACCAUGUAUCACUACCUCCAGUUUUCCUAUUAUAAAUUGAAUGAUGUAAAGAACGCUGCUCCGUGUGCAGCCAGUUACAUGCUGUUUGACCGUAAAGACCAGGUGAUGCAGCAAAAUGUAGCGUACUACCGCUUCUACCGGUCACAGUGGGGACUAGAAGAAAAGGACUUUCAGCCUCGGCCCGAGGCACUGAAGUACUUUAAUGAGACGACCAAGCAGAAAGAGAUGCUGGAGUUUGCGCAGAACUACCUACAAACUGACGAUGAGGACGAGGUAAGUCCAGAAGAAAUGGCCUCCUCUCGCACAGAUCAUCAUCCUGACGCUGAGUUUGAGGGUAUGGGCGACUACGAGGAGUCCUUCCUGGCUGAGUGGUGGCAAGAACCCAAAACGAAGUCGGAUGCCGGAGAGGUCGUAGACUGACAUCUGUCCUCGUCUCCUGUGCAGAAAGCUUCCUCAUCCGGUUCCGUCCACCUCUCAUGACAACAAUCUAAAAAAUGUUGACCUCCAUACAGACAGACAUUCCCAACAGUAUUUAGCAGAAAAAGCACAAAUCAGCUGUGUACUUUCAACCAGCUGGAAAAAUAAAAGAACUCAUCCGUCAUGUUGAUCAAGAUCAGAGAUCGACAUAUUCUGUCUUGGCUGUCAUCAGCCUUUUAAAACGGUUAUUUUUAUAAUCAGUCACUGGCCUGUAUGACAACACUUGUCAAUGACUUUUCUACAGUUUUUAUUUAAUGACAGCUGAAUGCUCAUGUAUAAGGAAGGUGACGUUUCUUAUGCUGAAUGAUUUGUCAACCACGAAUUGGGUUGUUGUUGUUGUAAUUUGCUCACAAUUAAAGUAAUAUUUUAAUAUA